AAAAAAAAAGUGUAGUAAAUACUGAUCGGAGAAAGUCACAGUGAGAGUUCACAGACUAAGCUGCCCAUUUCGCGGUGCACCUUUCACCUCUUUUUUUCUCUCUCCCUCACACCCUCUCAACCAAAACCCUAAUAAUUACUCAGUCCGGGAUUUCCAACGGAAGUAAGGCUUUUAGUUCCAAAUCUCCUUACUUAGAUGGAAUCGAAUUGGAUAUAAUUUAAAUUUUUGAGGAGUGGAUAUCUUUCAGGUUUGGAGGAUAACGUUCGGGAGACUCUGGUUUUCGUAUUUUUGGUUGGAAGGGCUUGUUGUAAUGGAAGCAGGGUCAGGUUACAACUCUGUUCCUCCUUUAACCUUUUUCGAUUCAAACUGGAGGUGAGCUACGCCCCAACAGGCGGCUCAGUUUAUGCGUGGAAUGACUCAUGAUAAUCCUCAGACUUCCUCUUAGUGCUACACAACUGAAAAUUUAUUCUCUCUUUUUAAACAAACAUUACCAGUUCCAAACAAUCUUUAAACAUCCACACCGACGCUACUACGGUUCCAAAUCUCUCUCUUCAUACCCUGAUAUAUUGAUGGGGAAAGACCCAACUGCAAUUGCCACUGCUCUUUCCCUAUCCGAGAGAUCGAAUUCAUAUUUUCUGGGUACCCAAAUCCAUGGACAUGUCAUCAAGUUGGGGCUCACUACUGACCUCUUUUCGCUGAAUAAUCUGAUCAAAAUGUAUUCAAAACUUGGGGUAUUGAGUUAUGGGCUCAAUUUGUUUGCUGAAAUGUUAGAAAGAAAUAUUGUUUCUUGGACUUUGAUUAUCUCAGGUGCCAUUCAAAAUUGUGAAUUUGAUUUGGGUUUGGAGGUUUAUUUGGACAUGGUGAGAAGUGGGUUUAGACCGAACGAGUUCACUUUCGGCAGUGUUAUGAAAGCAUGCACUAUCGUGGAAGCUUAUGAGUUUGGCUUCUGUAUUCAUUGUUUUGUUUUGAAAAUUGGAAUGGAGCAGAACAACUUCGUUGCUAGUUCUAUUUUAAGUAUGUAUGCUAAGUUGGGGGAUAUUGAAUCUUCUGAGAGGGUAUUUGAGUGUAUGGACAAUCUUGAUGUUGGUUGUUGGAAUGCUAUGAUUGGUGGUUACGCACAAUGCGGACAUGGUUUUGAGGCCUUGAAGAUUGUAUCUUCAAUGCGAUGUAUGGGUGUAAGAAUGGACCAGUUGACCUGGAUUAAUGCUUUUAAAGGGUGCUUGAUUAUGGGAAAUCUGGAAUAUGGUAAACAGCUUCAUGGAUUGAUCAUCAGAAGUGAGAUGCUAUUUAGCUCAUCAGUGGCAAAUGCUCUCAUGGAUAUGUAUUUCAAGAAUGGCAAAAAUGACUCGGCUCUAAAAGUUUUCAAUGGCAUGCAAAACAAAGACGUCAUAUCAUGGAAUACCGUAUUUGGCGGCUUCACUCUGGAAGGGGAUGCAAGAGAAAUUGCAAUACUAUUUUACGAGUUCAUGCUGACAGGAACGAAGCCCACCCAUAUCACAUUCACAGUACUGUUUAGAAAGUGUGGGGAGCUAAUGAAUCUCAAUCUUGGGAUACAAUUUUUUUCACUUGCCCUACGUCUUGGGUUUUUUGAUGACAAUAAUAUCACAAGCUCUUCAAUCAAUAUGUUCUCUAGAUGUGGGGCAAUGGAGAUGGCACGUUUAGUGUUUGACAGCAUACUCCUCAGAAACAUUAUUUCUUGGAAUGAGUUGAUUUCGGGAUAUAAUGGAGCAAGUAGAUACAUGGAAGCCCUAAAGGUUUUCUGUAAUUUAUGGGAGUUGGGAGUUAAAGCAGAUGAAUGCACCUUCUCCAGCAUUUUGGAGGCUUCUUCCCAGUGUGGAAAUCAACAGAUGGGGGUAGAAAUUCAUGGUGCUAUUGUUAAGUCUGGCUUCUCUUCUCAUGGUUAUGUCCGCAGUUCAUUAAUUAAAGCUUAUAUUACAUUUGGCCUACUUGAUGAUUCCUUUGAAUUUCUUAAUGGGCUUGACAGACUUGAUUUGGCAUCUUGGGGGGUCAUGAUAUCUGCUUUGGUACAUCAAGGUCAUAAUUAUGAAGCUAUCAGGUUAUUCAACUCUCUAAUAAAAACAGGCGAGAAGCCUGAUGAGCUGAUUUUUGGUAGCAUUUUGAAUAGCUGUGCUGAUGUUGCAGCUUAUUACCAAACUAAGUCUGUCCAUUCACAUGUUAUAAAAAUGGCAUUUGACAAACAUGUGUUUGUUUCUAGUGCACUUAUAGAUGCUUAUGCAAAAUGUGGGGACGUUGCAAGCUCAAGGAUGGCUUUCAAUCAGUCAUUUGUAUCUGAUGACGUGAUUAUUUAUAAUACUAUGAUCAUGGCUUAUGCCCAUCAUGGUCUUAUUGUGGAAGCCCUGGAAAUCUUUAAGAAAAUGAAGUUGGCCAAUCUACGGCCCAGCCAAGCCACAUUUGUGGCAGUUAUAUCAGCUUGUAGUCAUAUGGGUCUUGUUGAUCAAGGAUGUCUUUUGUUUGAAUCAAUUAACUUACAUUAUGAGAUGGAGCCAUCUCCUGAUAACUAUGGUUGUUUAGUUGAUAUGUUGUCACGAAAUGGAUACCUUGAUGUUGCUAAAAGUAUAAUAGAAGUGAUGCCUUUUCCUCCCUGGCCUGCUAUUUGGAGAUCCUUGCUUAGUGGUUGUAGGAUACAUGGGAACAGAGAGAUAGGACAAUGGGCGGCUGAGAAGUUACUCAAGAUGGUCCCUGAGAAUGAUGCGGCUUAUGUACUGUUAGCGAAGGUUUAUUCUGAAGGGGGCAGUUGGGAAGAUGCUGCAAAGUUGAGGAGGGGGAUGAUCAGGAGAGGUGUUUCGAAAGACCCAGGAUAUAGCUGGAUUGUGAUAUAGCAAAAGCUUUAUCCUCCAUAAGCUCUCAACAGCUCUCAGUUGGCUUCUUGGAUGCUGAGCCUUCGGAAAUUGGUUGGGUUUGGGUGUUGAGAAUAGUAGUAAAAAAGUAAGGGAAAAAUAAUAAUAGAAUAUUGAACAGUAGUAAAAAGUAGGUAAAAAAUAAAAAUAAAGUAACGAAUAGUAAAGAACUAUGUUGAGAAGUGUUGAAAGUAUCUCAACUUAAAAGGGAAAGAGAUUCCACUUCCAGCAAAUGAAGGCCAACGUGUUGCAUCUCUCUCUCUCUCUCUCUCUCUCUCUCUCUCUCUCUCUCUCUGUGUGGCAAAUCUUAAUGGUUCGGACCAAGCUUAAUGGCAGCAAGUCAUCAUGUGACAUUUUUAAGUCUUCGGUGCUUCUGGUUGGAGCCUUCACUUAUGCUGGCGCCGCAACAUCCCAUCACUUCUUCGUACUCAGCUUAGCAGCUGCUUACGGUUUCAAAGAGCAUCAACAUAAUUCAAACUGGCGUCUUAAGACUGUUCUGACUGGAGGCAUAUGAAUGAAAUUGGGGUGCCGCUCUUUCUUUAAAAACAAAAUGAAAAGAAAAAGAAAAGAUUGCUUCUACUAGAGAAAAAAAUGAGGAUAUAUAUCUUUUCUGAUAAGCAAAAAUGAGGAUAUAUAUAUAUAUAUAUAUAUAUAUAUAUAUAUAUCCGUAACAGGAUAUCCGCUGGACGCUGCAUGUAUCAAACUCUUUCUUGCUCGAUAUAAUUAUUUUGUUCCUCCUUUGCGUCCUCUGUCUUGUUUCUUCGAUAUGAAUUCAUUAUGUCUUUAUGCAAAUCAACGCAACCUGUUCAGGAUCAUUGCUUUUCACUCAGUCCUCAUUGUUUUCAGUUGAUUUCUGCACAAGCUUUUAGUUGAUUUCUUGACGAGAGAGAUUUCUGCACAAUCUUUUAGCUGAUUUGGGGCUAUUUACCAUCAAGCCAAAUAUGGCGUGAUACAGGCAACAGUAGAUUUUUUUUAGGGAAAACUUAUAACGCCUUGCAGAUGGGCUCGUAAUUAACGCCUUCAAACUGAAAUUACAAAGUCUGGUAAAGGUUGAUGUAUCUUUCCAUGUAAGAUAUAAAACAUUUUUUGAAUUCAUGUGAACUCAUUUAUCAGCAAAAUCCCCAAACCUGAAGACGGACAUGUAUAGAGAAACAUCACUCAAUGCAUUUCUCCGUUCGUUACUAGUACAACAGAAAGAACAAAGAAAAAUAGAAAUUCAGUAAUAUUGAAAAAAAAGAAAAAGAAAA